CCUUUUGGUUGCUGUCCGGCGCAGUCAGCUCUCUGGCCUGGAGAGAAUGAGAAUAGUGUAGAGGAAGCCGCAGACGCCCCGCGCUGGUGUCUCCAAGAUUGCAGAGCUCUUACAUCAUGCUGGAUCCGUUCCCCUGUAUCCCUCUGCUGUCUGAGAUGGCGCGAUGUGAGCUGCACCUUUUUAACCAGGGCCCUGCUUUCCUCCCCCCGCCCGCAGCCUUAUGAGCCUCCCGACGACUGGUCUGAACACAUCAGCUCUUCUGGGAAGAAAUACUAUUACAACUGCAAGACCGAGGUCUCCCAGUGGGAGAAGCCCAAAGAGUGGCUGGAGAGAGAGCAGAGACAAAAGGAAGCUACCAAGAUGGCCGUCGUCAACAGUUUCCCCAAGGAUAGGGACUAUAGGCGGGAGGCCAUGCAGGCCACAUCUGCCGGCGGUUUUGGCAGCGCAAGUGAGUACGGACAAAUGAGUGAACUCUCAAUCACCCCUUCUCUCCAUAUACCAUACUUCCCCUCUUUCAGCUUGGUGACUUUUCUGAAAUGAAUAGAGGAAUAGGUUAAUGUUUCAGAAUGUAGCCUGCAGACUUCCUAGACUGUUUGUUUGCGUUGGGGUGGUAGUUGGGUGAAUAACAAGCUAACUAGUUAAUGUCAAGGUUUGUUCUGGGUCUUGGGUUUUGUUUUCUGUUGUAGUAUGAGAAUCUAGGCUUAGGUGGUCUAGAAUUUCCUGGAGUUGAGGGGUGGGUGGUCUCCUGUGUUAUUUUUGUGUAUUUUAUUAUGCCAAUUGCUGUUUCAAUCAGAUGUGCCCCCAGUUAUUUUACUGGUUGUUGCCUUUUAAGCAGCACUCUUAAGCUGGUCACCUUCUCCUGGUUGCUUUGACCAGGUUAAACACAAAAAUUUAUUCCAUGUAAGUGAGAAUUUAACAAGGGUUGCUGUCAUCAGCGUGAGUGUUGCUAUUAGAUCUUAUUAGAUAUAUGGAAAGCCUCUGUUAAAUAAAAGGAACCAAAUUAACAGGUUUAGUGGUGGCAUACAAGUAUAAUGGUUCUGUUCAAACCAGGACUGCACCUUCUAUGAGGUAUUACAAAAUAGAGCUAUGUAAUGGACAGUGACUUGGUUAGGUCAUUGUUGCUCCUAAUUAACGCUGAAUGCCUGAGAGACAUGGUCAUGUGACUGUCCUCUGUGAUGGGGGUACAGCUGUUCUGCUGGCCCUGCGUCUGUCUCAGCCUAUCAGCAGGAGCCUGGCUGUCAUGUGGUUAGCUAUCUCAGUGGACUUUUGGCAGCUCUCACUCAGCUGUUUUGCUUUUAUUUAUGAUGCAUGUCUUUAACAGGCUUUUUGGAUGGGUUUCAUUUUGAGCUAUUUGGCAUAUAGUUAAUGCCCCCCCCCAAUCUGUCACUAUGGGCAGGAUGUUGUACAGUAGCAGUGCUAGUCUCUUCUGUGAUUCUGGUAGUUAGGAAUAUAUUGUAAACUGGGGAAUGCAUUUUAAUUUGUCUUUGUUUGACAUCUGGAUUGCCUGCUGGGGUAACAUGAAACUUCAAAUGGUGGCUCAGGUCAGUCUGUAACACUGCAGAGAAGCAGUCUGCAGUAGAAUAAAGUGAGUGUUAUAGCACAUUUUGAGAGUUGUAUUGCUUCAGGUGGUCUCUGCAGAGCACCAUAGGCCUGAUAAACACGGCAGAUGUUUACUGAAAAUACAUUAUUCAUG